GAAAAAGAAGAAGACUUCGUGGGUGUUUAUUGCUGGAUUAUUAAGGCUUUCCCCAGAGUUUACACACGAUUAAUUGAAUUUAUUUUAUAAUACAUAAUCGGCUACAAAAAACGAGCACGUCCUGAGUUGAUGGCCCGCCCUCCUCCUCCCCCCCUCCCCUCCCUUGCCUCCCUUCUCUCCUCUGUGCUCCCCCAAGGCUUCGCCGUGGGGCCCUCGGGGCUCUGUGAGGGGCGACUCGGGCUAUGGUGGGUAGGCCGCUCGCUGCAGGCCGGGUCCCUGCUUGGGAGGGAGGGUGACACAGAGUGGGCCACCAGGUAUCACAGCGAGGGGCUGACUGACAGCGAGGACAGUGAACGCACCGUGAAGCCUGCAACAGAUCAGAAGGUUAGCAAAGAGGCUGAGGAGGCUCUGGUGAUGACAUCAGCAGAUAAGGAAACAUUCAAACAAAGCAGCGUCUGGAUCAGGUUUGCCUGCCAGGUGCGGAGCAGAGCCCUGCAGAAUGUGACCGUGCGGUGUGUCUGUGGAGAGGUGUGUGUGUGUGAGUGUGUGGACUUGUGUCUGCGUGUGUGUCGGGACAUCCAGCCGGGGUCAGAGCUUCUGCAGUACGACGAUACGCCGAGGAAAAUAAUGACGACAGAUCAACAUGGCGGACAAGACGCUGCACACACAGUUCACAGGCUGCAGCACAGAAGAGAGCCAGAGCCAGACACCACCAACAUGUCAAUCAUUCAGGAGGACAAACAGGAGGAGGAGGUCAGACAGGAGGAGGAGGAGGACAGACAGGAGGAGGAGGUCAGACAGGAGGAGGAGGUCAGACAGGAGGAGGAGGUCAGACAGGAGGACAGACAGGAGGAGGACGUCAGACAGGAGGAGGAGGACAGACAGGAGGAGGACGUCAGACAGGAGGAGGAGGACAGACAGGAGGAGGAGGAGGAGCACAGAGAGUCACCUAGAUGUAUAAGGAGGAGGAAGCUAAGCUCCCACAGGAGUAGGAGCGUUCACAGAGUCCGAACAGCUGACACAGGCUGUAAUAAUAAUGAUAACAAUGACCUCCACUCCUGCGUCCUCCCUUCACCUCCUCCCGUCCGCUGCAGCUCCCGCCUGGCUGCUAAACCACGACGUGUUCACUGCCGCUCUAACCGUGGGAAACAGCACCCUGAUCCCCCCACACAGACAGAGGGGCAGAGUGUGUCCACCACAGACAGGAGGGUGGGGUCCAUGAAGGCGUCUGAACGGGACACUGACGAUGCGCCUGCAGAGAGUGAGCGGGGGGCAGGGCUCACCUGUCCCGUCGCAGUGAGAGAGAGGAGGUACAAAUGCUACAGCUGUGGGAAGAAGUUCUUUCAGAUCGGACACUUAAAGAAACAUCAUUUCAGCCACACGGACCAGAAACCGUUCAGGUGCGACGAGUGUGACCGGAGCUACACAUCUGCAGAGAGCUUCAGAGCUCAUCAGAUGAAUCACCGAGGGGAACGUCCCUUCUCCUGCCCUCACUGUGAGAAGACGUACAGCCUGAAGCGGGACCUGAAGGAGCACCUGGUGCUACACUCAGGGGAGAAGCCGUAUGUCUGCCAUAACUGCGGGAAAGCCUUCGCACGCCGGCCGUCCCUACGCAUUCACCGCCUCCUGCACUGCAGCAGAGUGACCUACACUCAGACUCCAAAGGUUCAGUGUCCGCUCUGUCCCAAGCUGUUGGCUAACGGCGGCUCUCUAAGGAACCACAUGAAGCUGCACACGGGGGAGAAAUCUCACAACUGUCAGCACUGUGGGAGGAGCUUCAGUCAGAAAGGUAACCUGGAGUCUCACCUGAGGAUCCACAGUGGAGAGAAGCCGUAUCACUGCUCUGACUGCGAUAAGAGUUUCUCUCAGAAGACCGAGCUUCGUCGUCACAUGUUCUGUCACUCAGGGGGAGGAGGGUUCCUCUGCAGCUUCUGUGGAAAAUCUCUGAGAGACCCCCACAGCCUGAAGUCCCACGAGAGACUGCACACAGGAGAGAGACCACACCGCUGCCCUGUCUGUGGGAAAGGCUACACGUUGGCCACCAAACUGAGGAGACACAUCAAAACUUCCCACGCUGCAAAGAAACCAUUCAGUUGUCACUGUGGAGCCUCAUACACCGUGAGACAGAGUCUGCUCAGACACCAGGCACAGCACCCCGUAGAUGGAGGGGCCAAUAAAGAGAGGGCGGAGUCACAGGGAGGACCUCAGGAGGACGGGAAGGGGGAGGGGUCACCGAAAGGAAACGGAGAGGACACUGACAGCAACAAGAGAGUGUAUUUACGCUCUUGUCACCAGAAGCCAAUCAGAGGACGACCCAGGAAGUACUCGCUCCCAGGGGAGAACAGGGCGGGGCAAGAGAAGAGGAGGAGGAUUCAGGGAAAAGAAGAUGCAGCAGAAAGAGAAGGAGAGAAGGAGGCUUUGGGUGAUGUUGUCUACAUCCUCUCAGAAGAUCUGUCCUCGCAGAGUUCUGCCCCUCUGAUGCUCACAACCGAUAACUCGCUGCCAGGUGGGGCAGGGUCAGAGCUGGUGGAGGUGGUUAUAUCUGAUGAGGCGGAGCAGUGCAUUGUGGUCCAGGGGCAGCAGACGGUUGGAGAGCUGCUGAUCCUUCAGGAGGAAAGGAGUGGAGUCUGUUCUGUGGCUCAGACAGUGGAGAUAAACACGGGGUAACUGACACAGAGCGAAAUCAGAGCAUUAUUUACAGAGCAAAGUGAUACAGGAAAAAUACUCUGUUACUGUUCUUCAUUAUAAUCAUUGUCAGAUAACUGCUGAGAGCUGGGAUGUCCUACGGUUGAUUGCUCCUGUUUGAGCUCUUAAUGGAGACUGUUUUCCAGCUUACACCAAAGCCUGCUUACAAAGGUUAAGGGAAACUGGAGCGCAGAGAAGAGAAGUCAAGUGAAUGUGAUGUCUGUCAGCGACAGGGAGAACUAUAAAUAUCUACAGCUAACUAAGUAAUUAAGGUCAUCUACAACAUUAUUAAGACAAGUGACAUCAGUUGGAGUAAUUUUGUGAAUUCUGUAGCGUAAUUAAUUUAUUAAGAUAUUUGUAGUGACUAUCUAAUGUCCAAAUUUCUUCUCUUGCCUUUAGUCACUUGCAUAGGUGUAUGGAAAGUUCUUGACGCAUAAAAAAUAAACAAAUGUCCAAAAUUAAAGUA